AUGCAUUUCACCACUCUCCUCACUUCGACUCUCGCUCUCGCAAUGAGUAUCUCCGCCGCCCCAACUCCAGCGACUCCAGCAAAUACCCGCUAUGUCCAGCUUCGGCUAUACAGUGACCCAGCCUGCGGCCAAGAUGGAAACCUCGGCGAGUUAGGUGUUUACGGGGACGACGUGAACAAGUGCAAUGCUUUUGGGGAUUAUACCGUUGAAUCCGUGAGCUUCGAAUAUGCUAUUAAUAAUUGCACUGUGAGUGUUUAUACCGAUCAGUCCUGCCAGGCGGGUGCCCAGAGUAUCACGUUGGAUACUUGUCUUUCGGAGAAUGCGCAAUAUGGGAGCUAUCAAGUGUUCUGCAGUCAACUUUGA